AUGACAGAUUUCUUUGGCAGAGGCUACUCAGAUACGCCAGAUGACUUAAAACAUGACGCUCGGCUCUACACUACUCAGAUCCUGCUUGUUCUCUCAUCUUCGUCGCUGUCCUGGACUGGAUCGUCUGCCUUCCAUAUUGUCGGAUUUUCUCUCGGCGGAUCAGUGGCUGUAGCAUUCGCUGCCUACCACGCGAGUAUGCUUCGGUCUGUGACCCUCAUCUGCCCGGGAGGCCUAAUCCGUACAUCGCACAUAAGCCCCCGAAGCCAAUUUCUCUACUCCUCAGGCGUAAUACCAGACUGGUUACGCCUAAGGAUCCUCCAUAGCAGCUUGGAGCCGAGAAAUGGCGCUCCGAGUGCAGACGUCCCCGAACAGGUCAAGGACGCUGAAGUCGACUUUGACGACGUGCCUAUCGCAGCUGAUCGACAGGGCGUGAGAAUCGGCGAUGUGGUUCGAUGGCAGUUGAGGAACAAUGAUGGAUUUGUCUCUUCGUACUUGAGCUCCCUGCGUAGCUCUCUCGUCUAUAGACGCCAUGAUAGAACCUGGAGAGUGCUUGCGGAUGAACUACGGCGGCGACGAACAACGAAUGCACCACCGGGUCUACCGGGUGGGCGUAUUUGCCUCAUUACUGCGGAGAGUGAUGCUAUUGUUGUAAAGGACGAGUUGGUAGAAGAUGCUGAAGCGCUUCUCUGUAGAGAGUCUGUUGACGUGAGAGUUUUGAAGGGGGGGCAUGAGAUUGCCGUGUCGCGUGGUAGAGAUGUGGCAUCAAUUGCAAUAGAAUCUUGGGAUAGAAAACAUUAG